AUGGCAACAAAAACCAGUGGGAGCCGCCAAAAGAUUGAAAUGACGAAAAUGAAAAAUGAAAACAGCCUCCAAGCCACCUUCACAAAGCGCAGAAAGAGCGUUUUCAACAAAGCCAAUGAACUCAGCAUCCUUUGUGAUGCAGAAGUUGCCCUAAUAGUCUUUUCUCCAGGUGGAAAGGCUUUCUCUUUUGGCCAUCCUUCCGUCCAAUCCACGAUCGAAAAGUACCUCCAUUCUGAAAAUAACCCAUCAUCAUCUUCUGCUAUAUUAAAAACAAUGAAUUUUACGGAGCGUAUUAUUGAGGCUAAUCGAAAAUCACGCCUUCAUCAGAUGUGCAAAGAACUAAGUCAGCUUGAGAAGCUUUUGGAGGAUGAAAAAAAACUCCGAAAUGAGUUGGAGAAAGCGAGGAAUGAGGACAAGGGAAAGCAGUGGUGGAAGGCACCCAUUGAUGAGCUUGAUUUGGAGCAGCUUUCGAUUUAUGCAAAGGCUUUGGAAGGGCUCAAGAAAGAUGUUGACAAGGAAAGGCUUUCGGUUCCGAUGACGGAAAAUGGUCAUCCUCAUCUUCUGAAUCUUCUUGGAGAUACUAACGUUAACGGAAGUGCUUCCGUUGAUGAUAUGGAGAGUGGAAGUGCUUCUGAUUUGUUACAUGGUGGAAAUGUUUCCGGUCGCGGUCCGUUUGGUUUUAGUGAUGAAAAGGAGGAACUUGAUCUGAAUCGUACGGCGCUGCGGUUAGGGUCUGGUUCUGGUAGUCUAGGAAGGGCUGAAGAUCAUCAGAAAUCUAUCCGUCUUCAUAAUUUUAUUUAG